AUGGUUCCGGAUUUCGAUUCGAUAACUGGGGAAUCAUACCACCAGCUUUUCACAAAAGACUCGAUUCUGUGUCGGGAUGUGGAUGAGAUGACGGAAAACAAGCUACUGUCUAAGCAGGACUUGUCUGUCCUCAAACGCCUCAUUGUGAAGUUUCGAUUGCACUUGAAAGAAAGCAACGAGAACGUUGAAAAGUUUGGCGCAGGGGACAUUCUACUCGAUCAUGCGGUGUUCAUCAGUGAUUUGAUGAUCAAACGAAUUGUUUCAUUGCAGGUCGCGGCGAAACAUGAAAAGGACAAGAACAACCGGUCAGAGAACUUCAUGGCAACAGUUGGCCUUUUCAAAAAAGGUCUUAUCGCCUUUGAAAGACAACAAGAGUCCCUUCGCCGUCAUCUGGCACGCAUCAUUUACUCAAACACCGAAGAAGGUGCUGCUUAUUUCAAAGAAAAGGCGAGAGAAGAAAUGGCGGAGGUGAUUCGGGAACGGGUAGAAGAAUACAGAAGAAAGGAAGCGGAAUUGGAAGCACAGGAAAAAGAAAAGGUUGGAAGCAAGAGUGGUGUGACAAAGUUGGAAGUUAUUGAAGAAGAAGUCAAGGAAAACUAA